GCUCGCCUGACAGCCUGACAGACACAAGCAGUCCUCCUCUCUAUCUACCUGUUUAUGUGUCUGUCUGUCGCCUCUAAACGCAGAGGUGAAUUAUAGAGCUCGGUAAUGGAGACCGCAGAGGACCGGGGUUCUUGCUUUUCCCCCCGCAGGAGACACACAAACUCACCGGACAAAUAAGGCGUUAAAGGACAAAUACCGGCUUUCAACGGAAAACGCCGCCGCUGCUGUUUACCACAGAGAGGUCUUUCUCCUCUUUUCUAUCUACACAUCUUGAAAAACAGAUGCCCUGUUCGGGAAGUUACGGACAAAACACGGAUACAUCCUCCAAGUCGUCUUCUCCUAUUUUCAAGAGGCGCUCUACACCGAAGGAUUUCUUCCUCUCUGAGCCUGCUCUUCUUAGACCUCAACAACAAACUCUUCAGUCCAUCCAAUAAGGAAACUUCCUCCUGCUCCUGGUUUCUGAGAAAUCUGCCAAUGAGUCAUCUUCGAGGUCAUCAGUCAUCUCACCUUGGCCUGGGGGUCUUCUAGAGGGUUGGGCCUCCUCACCAUCAUGAAAGGAUUGGGGACCAACCAUAAUAGACACUUGUCUGACUCCUGUGAUCCUUCCUCAGGCCAUCCAGAGGCCCUCUACCCUCAGAAAACUAGCACCCUUCCACGCAGUCCUUACCUGCUGAGCCCCACAAUGGAGCACUAUGGCACCAUGGACCCCCACCUCUACCCUUCAGCCAACCCAGGCUCCCUUCCACCAGAAUACAUGCUGCCCCUCAACAACCAGCUGUCAAACAGCAGCACCUUCCCCAGGAUUCACUACAACUCAUACGACCAGUCUGACUUCUCUCCACCCGGGGACAGCAUUGGCGGAAUAAGUACAGGGACCAUGGGUACAUCGAUGUCUGUGGGCAUGGGAACAGGCAUGGGCAUGGCAGGGCUGAGUGGACGAACACCUAUGAUUACAAGUGGCUCAGCAACUAUAUCACAUCAUAUGACCAAGAACCAGGCACCACCCAGUCUGCUGGAACAGUUUGAUAAACAGCUACCCGGCGGCCGAGAUGGAUUCAGCACAUUACAGUUCCAUCGAACAUCUGCAGUAGCUGCUGCCAAGCAGCGUACAGACAGUCCUGGUCGCAUUCGUUACAUGCUGCACUCAGUGCAGAAGCUCUUUGCAAAAUCCCAGUCAUUGGAGAGUCACAACAUGAAAGGAAAUAUCAAUGGACGCUCCACUGGCAGUGGUGGAGGCUCAUCUAGUACUGAAGAUGGAGGGAAGCAAAAUCGUAGAUCCAAAAGUAAAGAUCGUGGUACAAAAUCAGAGACAACUUCUAAGCGACGACCACGCUCUAACAUGUCAGGUUACUGGAGCUCAGAUGACUUGGACAGCAGCGAUUUGAGCAGCUAUCAUAACACCAUGGCCAUGAUGACUCUGGGGCGUCCAACUGGCCAUGACAGCCAAGGGGGCCAGAGCAGAUACAUCCACAGUGGCUACAACACUAUCAGCUCCUCCAAAAGCAGCAAUGACAUGAAGUAUCAGACCCUCUCUGGGCCUGGGGGCGGAGGUGGAGUUGGUGGACUUGGAGGAGUAGGAAGUACGCUAAUGAAUGAUAGUGACUAUAUGAAAGGAGGGUCCUGGUCCACAUUGACCAUGGGCCAGCCGAGACAGGUGAUCCAGAAGGGCUCAGCCACUCUGGACAGGUCCAUGCUCAAGUCCAAAUCUUGCCAACAGGAGCUAACCUGCAACUACCUGCAGGUUGGACGACGGGGGGAUUGGAGUAGCACAUUAGGCCGCAGUGGGGGUGCCAACGAAAUCCCAUGUCGACGGAUGCGCAGUGGUAGCUAUGUGAAGGCCAUGGGAGACAUGGAAGACAGCGACGACUCGGAGGGGAGCCCCAAACCUUCACCAAAAACUGCUGCUCGUCGCCAGAGCUACCUCAGGGCUACGCAGCAGUCUCUGAGCGACCAGCUACCCCCACGCAACAGAACCCUGGAUUACACCUUGUUGCAGGGGGAGCUGGAUGCCCUGUGGUCUCCACUCCACAGUGUCACAGUGUCCUCUCUGCAUCAGCUGGGCAGGUCAAUGAGCAGCUGUCUUCCGUCUCUCAGAGAGCUCUCCAAUAACCGCAGCCUGGACAACCUAGACUGCAUUGGGGGUACAGGCUCAUCUUUGCCACACUGGGAUGAUGAUGACUUCAGCCAGGCCUGCAGCACCUUGGGCAGACGUAGCUGCAUGGCACAGCUACGGGACCUGGAUAUGAGUCAUCAUUAUGAGGACCGCAGCUCCGAGUCCACAUAUAGAGAUUCCCGUUCCCAUUCUCAGGACAACCCGGAGCCUCCAGACUUGCCCAUGCCUACAUGCUUCCGAUCCCGCAGCCACAGCUAUCUAAGAGCCAUCCAGGCUGGCUGUUCCCAAGAUGACGACACAGCAUCCAUAGACUCAGGCUCACCUCCUCCAACUGACACCACUGUUCACACCUACAGCACCAGCAGUGUCUCUACAUGCAUAACCACCUGUAAGAAGGCUGCUCCUCCGCCAGUGCCGCCCCGUACAACCUCCAAGCCCUACAUCUCUGUGACGGUGCAGAGCAGCACAGAGUCGGCCCAGGACAACUACCUUGAUCAGCAGGACCGAAGGUCAGAGGUCAACAGCCAGUCAAGCCACGCACAUAGCAACUCGUCUGACAGUCUUGACAGCACCCGUGCCAACAGCCUGGCCCGCGGAAUACCCCGCCCUCCACACAUCAUCCCCACUCCCAUCGCCACCCCAAGAGAGCCACUUGCCCCCGCCACCGCCAAUGCUGCCACUGAGACAAGUGACUCAGUAGCCCAGCAUGAGUCCCUGAAAUCUCUAUUAAAUAAAGUGAAUCUAGUGGCAGAGGAGCCCCUAGUGGCCCCAGUACCCAGGCGGAAACUGUCCUCCAUUGGCAUACAGGUUGACUGUAUUCAGGAAGUUCCACGAGAAGAGACCCCACCACUGGCCAAAUUUCAGUCAAUCGGAGUACAGGUGGAGGACGGGUGGCAGCUCAGUCGCUCCAGUAGCAUGGCCUCAAAACAAGAAACAGACUCAGACACACAGGACAUCUCUGUCAUUUCCCAUGUCAAUAAUGCCAAACCCACUCAGAAGAAAGUCAUGGUCAAUAGUGCCAGCCAAUCCAUGAGCUCCCCCCCUGGACAGGACUCAUUAGACAACGGAGGCACCACUGGUGACACCUCCUCACCUCCACCUCCCAGACAAAUCCUCAAUCGCUCCACCACACGAAGUAGCUCUUCCUCUUUCUCAGAAAGUCUGGACCCAGCGCUGGACCCCUCAUCACUACCACCUCCAGACCCCUGGCUGGAGAGUGGGAAUGGAAGUAACAACAGCGCCCCCCAAACUGUAAGUGGGGGAACGCUAUGUCGGAGAGAUGGCCACUGGUUUCUAAAGCUGUUGCAGGCCGAAACAGGACGCAUGGAGGGAUGGUGCCAGCAGAUGGAUCAGGAGACCAAAGACAACCAGCUCUCAGAGGAAGUGCUGGGCAAGGUCCGCAGUGCAGUUGGAAGCGCUCAGCUCUUAAUGUCCCAGAAGUUCCAACAGUUUCGGGGACUGUGCGAGCAAAACUUGAUCAGUUAGCAUGAUAAAACAUGGCACACGUUUUUCCCAAAGUGUGUGGACAUGGAUCACAGCAGUGAAUGCAGCUGCUUCAGUAUAAAGAAGAGAGCAGAGCCUGCACAAACAAAAGCUAGAAUGCCUGGAGCGUUACAAACAGUGGCUGUGUCAAGGAAAAAAAGAAGUCAGAGCAGGAUUUACUGUCUGCCAAUCUGUGCUGGCUUUGCACAAACAAACACUAAGGCAGCUGUUUGUAAGCAACUAAAAGGUCAGUCUGUUACCUUUAGUGUUAACUUGAAAGAGGACCCUGAAUGAUACCAUUUACUUAUUUUUUUUAAUUGUUAAAAAUGUCCCUUUGUGUCUCUUGGCUCAACAUACGGGCACAUUUUUGGCUAUAAUGAAGCAUUUAUAGCAUUUUCAGUAUUUGUUAUGUUGCUGAAAAGGAUUAAGCCCUAUUGUGGCUCUUUAUUUUGUUGUGGAGUUCAGUUUGACAAAAGAAUGAAGCUGUAAUGGCUCCCUCUAGUGAUAGAUAUGGAAAAAGCAGCAUUUGCUUAUGUGUGUGUGAUGUUUGACGUGUGGGUAUGGAUUUCAAGUAUGUAACACAGUGCUGUGAUUCUUAACAGCUAGACUAAACUACUGAAAUCACAGCCAAUUUAAAAAGAAAAAGAAAAAAAAAAAACAUUUAAGAAGUAAUUUCAUCAGACCCGCCAUCCAUCCAAUCACACAUGAAACAAACAAACCACCCUCUUCUAGAUGUGUCCAUAAUGCCAUUUCUGUCACUGUAAAGUCAAACACACAUUUAAAGGCUGUUUUUCUUUUUCAGAAACCAUAACCCAUAACCAAAACAAUAUGCAAACUGGAAGAUAAGCAACACACCAUCCCCCAUAACAUUCAGAUAGAUGUGUAGUGGGGUAAUGGGCUCUGACUAGUUGCUGGUUGUAAUGUUGAACAAACAGGACAAUCUACACCAACAAAUAGAAAGAGCAGAAUAAAAGACCACGGGUAUUUUUGCAGUUAGUUUAAAAGUUGUGGCAUUAGUUUGUGUGAAUUACGUUUGAUCAGGUAUUGUAAAACACUUUCAUAAAUGCAACCUUUUUCCUGUCAUGUGAGGCAGUUUAUUUUCUAAUAUAUUUUUUACAUUCCACACUAUAGCAUUCACUAUGUCCUCAAUCCUCAUCGUCCAU